CGCUCUCCCAGGUCUUGUGAAAGCCAGGGUGUGUGCACACGGAGCUCACAAGACCGGAGCGGUGGGAGCCCGGGACCAGCGCCGAGGACAGGCAGCCGUUGCCCGCCGCGUUUCCGGCGAGUCCGCGGGGGUCCGCGCGUGCGCAGAGCGUGCCCCGGGGGCCGACCUCCCCGCGCCCGCUAGCCCGCGCGCGCACCCGUCGGCGAAGCCAAAGUCCGCGGGGGGCUCGGCGCGGCGGCGCGCGCCAGGGGGCGUUCCCGCGCGGCCGGCCCCGCCCUCGCUCGGCGCCGAGCUAGCCUCCCAGUCUCCCCCGCGCUUCCUGCACUGAGGCAGUUGCCGGCGCGUCCCCUAUCCCGCGGCUCGCUCGCCCAGCCGGUGCCAUGGCGGCCUUCAGCAAGUACUUGACGGCGCGGAACUCCUCGCUGGCGGGGGCCGCCUUCCUGCUGCUCUGCCUGCUCCACAAGCGGCGCCGCGCGCUCGGCCAGCACGGUAAGAAAAGUGGAAAACCACCAUUACGAAACAAUGAGAAAGAAGGAAAGAAAGAGCGAGCUGUGGUGGACAGAGUGUUUUUAUCAAGGCUCUCACGGAUCCUGAAAAUCAUGGUACCUAGAACAUUUUGUAAAGAGACAGGCUACUUAAUACUUAUUGCUGUUAUGCUGGUCUCUCGAACAUACUGUGAUGUUUGGAUGAUUCAAAAUGGGACUCUCAUCGAAAGUGGCAUCAUUGGUCGUAACAGUAAAGAUUUCAAGAGAUACUUAUUCAACUUCAUCGCUGCCAUGCCUCUUAUCUCUCUGGUUAAUAACUUCUUGAAGUAUGGGUUAAAUGAGCUCAAACUGUGCUUCCGAGUAAGGCUCACCAGAUACCUCUAUGAGGAGUAUCUUCAAGCGUUCACCUAUUAUAAAAUGGGCAACCUGGAUAACAGAAUAGCAAAUCCAGACCAGCUGCUUACACAAGAUGUAGAAAAAUUUUGUAACAGUGUAGUUGAUCUGUAUUCAAAUCUUAGUAAGCCAUUUUUAGAUAUAGUUUUAUAUAUUUUCAAGUUAACAAGUGCGAUUGGAGCUCAGGGACCAGCAAGCAUGAUGGCCUACUUGCUUGUUUCUGGACUAUUCCUAACUCGACUCAGAAGGCCCAUCGGCAAGAUGACAAUAACAGAGCAGAAGUAUGAAGGAGAAUAUAGAUACGUUAAUUCUCGACUUAUCACAAAUAGUGAAGAAAUUGCCUUUUACAAUGGGAAUAAACAAGAAAAGCGGACAAUCCACUCAGUCUUCCAAAAACUGGUGGAACACCUACAUAAUUUCAUUUUCUUUCGGUUUUCUAUGGGUUUCAUUGAUAGCAUCAUUGCCAAAUAUAUUGCCACUGUCGUCGGGUACCUGGUUGUCAGCCGUCCUUUCCUAGAUCUGUCACACCCUCGACAUCUCCACAGCACACACUCAGAGCUCCUGGAGGAUUACUACCAAAGUGGAAGAAUGCUCUUGAGAAUGUCUCAAGCUCUGGGUCGUAUAGUUUUGGCCGGGCGUGAAAUGACUAGAUUGGCCGGUUUUACGGCUCGGAUUACAGAAUUAAUGCAAGUACUAAAGGAUUUAAACCAUGGCAAAUAUGAACGCACAAUGGUGUCACAACAGGAAAAGGGUACGGAAGGAGCUCAAGUUAGCCCCUUGAUACCUGGUGCUGGAGAAGUCAUCAAUGCAGACAACAUUAUAAAGUUUGAUCAUGUACCUUUAGCAACACCAAAUGGAGACAUCUUGAUCCGAGACCUUAGUUUUGAAGUUAGAUCUGGAGCCAACGUUCUCAUUUGUGGGCCAAAUGGAUGUGGAAAGAGUUCCCUCUUCCGUGUUCUUGGUGAAUUAUGGCCUCUUUUUGGAGGGCGUCUUACUAAACCUGAGAGAGGAAAGUUAUUUUAUGUUCCUCAGCGACCCUAUAUGACCCUGGGAACACUGAGAGACCAAGUGAUCUAUCCAGACGGAAAAGAGGAUCAGAAGAAGAAGGGGAUAUCUGACCAGGUGCUGAAAGAGUACUUGGAUAAUGUGCAGUUAGGUCAUAUUCUUGAACGGGAAGGAGGCUGGGACAGUGUUCAGGACUGGAUGGAUGUACUCAGCGGAGGAGAGAAACAAAGGAUGGCGAUGGCAAGAUUGUUUUAUCAUAAACCCCAGUUUGCCAUUCUGGAUGAGUGCACAAGCGCAGUCAGUGUUGAUGUGGAAGACUACAUUUACAGCCACUGUCGGAAGGUUGGCAUCACCCUCUUUACUGUUUCACACAGAAAAUCCCUUUGGAAACACCACGAGUACUACCUGCAUAUGGACGGUAGAGGCAAUUAUGAAUUCAAGAAGAUCACAGAAGACACAGUUGAGUUCGGAUCCUAGAGACCAUCUCGAGAACUUCCCUGCUUCCAUGAAACAAGAAUGCAUUUGUUAAUGCACAGUGCAUUGUAAAAUAAGGUUAAGCUUGUUUUUUUUUUCAAAAAACAAAGCAACAAAUUGACUAGAUACAUGAUAAUUGAAAUGUUAAAACACUUAAUAUUGUAUAGGAUAUUGCUAAUUGUGUAUAUGUUGGUUUAAUUAUUAAUUAUGUACUAAGAAUGUCCUUAUUCUUGUGGUUAAAAAACCUGCCUGAAUUAAAUUGGGCUUAAAUCAGUGUAACCUGAUUCAUCCUGGGAUGUAAACCAUUUAAAGUCAACUAAUUUGACUUUUAUGGCUCUAUCUUUUCUUUUAAUGAAGAACCCUAUUUAAAACUGGGGUCAUUAGCUGUUCUAUUCUAACAAAGUAGUCUUGAGUUUCGUUUCUAUAUGCCCCAUGGUAAUGGGAACCAGCCAAUUACAGUGCAUUGUUAAAAUGUAUCUCAUCGGUACAGGAUAGCAUUUAUUACACGGUGGCAGAUUUCUUUAGCUGCUGCUUUUAUACUCAUUCCUCAUACACGCCUUGAGGUGCAUUUGACUCCAAGAGAGCCGUUUGCGUUUUCUUUAGCUAAAUAAUAAGUGUACCCCUCUCAGUGUCUUGGACUGAGCUGUUCUGAAGGUUCUCUGUGGUGGUGUGCAACAGUGUGUGCAGUUGUGCUUACAGCUUGUGGUUACUGCACACUACACCCAGUCUUUUCACUGUGUGGGACGUCCCGGCAUGAUCAUCGUCCUGUGUCGAGCUCAAGGUCUUACAAAGAUAUUUGUGCAGAAGAUUGGACAGGUUCAUCAAAAAUGUGGUUGUGUAAUGGUGAAUGCCGUGUGGCUGUAGAGGCGCUACAGGAAGUAAGCACACUGAGCACGCAGUGCUAUUGCUGUCCUCGUCUGUGGUUUUAUGUUCCUAGGAACUGUCUGAACAACAGCGUUUGCAUCGGGAUGACUGUGUUGAGAAGUCAUCUCUGGCUCCGAGCACCAUGAAUGACUGACUACAUGUGUUGUUUGCAUGAAGGAGAGCCAAGACUGAAUGGGAUCAAUAAGUGGUUGUGAAAUUAGUUUUAUCAAAUGGGUUCAGAGAGGGGCAGUUGAUAGUCUUGUUUCUGCAUAACUCAGAAUCACUGGCUACCAAAAUAACCUUGAUGUGUUGAUUCCAUCAGUACAUCACAUUCAGUUUCACCAUGUCUCCUCAGCAAACCUGUAUACUUAUUUUCUGUUCAGAUUAAAAAAAAAAUUGGAUAACCUACACAA